GAUAAAUGCAAACGGUAAAUAUUAUGACCCAUAAACAGAAUAAACCCUUCUCUGAAUGCAGCAGGAAUAACUCUAAAGCUGCUGAAAUUGAGGCAAUGAUCAUUCCAUGUUCUAAAUUUCAGAGCAACAAAGCCUCCACAGCUAUAGUUCCGUUUACAGGGAUUAAUCCAGAUGAAGAAUGUUGAAAUAACUUGGGGAAUAAGCUAGCAGGAACUCAAUCAGAAGCCAUAUUUGGGAGAAAUAAAAUCAUUUUUGAUACCAAAAAUAUCAAAAAGAGUAAAAAGAAGAAGAAAUCAAUUCGUAGAUCUAACUCUAAAUCCCUCACAAAGAUGUCCAAAAGAAGUGGAUCCAAAAAAGCCUCUUCUAAAUCAAAGACUAUGAAGAAAUAUUCAAAAUCGGAAGUGUUCUUACCAAAAGGUCUUUACAAAACCCAAUCAAUCAGCUUUUUCGGACCCUUACUUGAAAGAGUGAACAAGAGUAGCCUCUUCCUAAACAACAAGAUCAUUCAGAGAACCAAGAGGGAAGCAAAACUUGAGAAAAAGAAAGCAAACACUUUGAAGCAACAACUUGAUGAAAGAACAACGGAAGUCGAUACUUUAGCAAGACUUCUAAUGAAAAGUGACUCUUUGCUCAAGACAAUCCAACAAGAGUAUUAUGACUUGAAGUCUUCCCAUAGAACUCUUAAAUUUGAUAGUCAGGAGUGACAACACAAGCAUAAAGAGAUGAAAGCAAAGAUUGAACAGAUGAAAAACACUCAUGAAGAACAGAAAAAUAAAUAUGCCCAAAAAGAAGAGGAGUAUAAGAAAACUAUAGAAACUCUCAAAGAAAAAUUAGCAACAACUGAAAAGCAAUUAGAUGAGAUGACAGAGAAGUAUACCGCUGCUGAAAAGAAGGAAAGAGAAACCGUUCUAAAGAUAAGGAUGGACUAUGACAAUCUUAAAACCACUCAUUAUGAAGUGAAAUCAGAAAGAGACAAACUUAAAAAUGAGAAGAGAGCAAAUGAAAUUAAAUCUAAGGAAACAACUACAACUGAUAGUCGGGAGACAUAUGAAACUGCCAAGCCUAAGAGUAUCCAGAAACCUUCAAUCCCUCCUUCAAUUCCUCAGCCUAGGGUGCCGAGAUACAACUCGGUAGAGUCAAAAGGAUAUUCGAGUGUAUACCCAACGGCUAUUACUUCUUCAUAUAACGGUAAAUCUACUUCAUCAGGCAUUGGUGGAAGUCAUUUGCACACCUUAAAUGGCCAGAAUUCAUAUAAAAGCAAGAAUUAUAGAAGAUAUUGUGCAAAACCUAGCUAUUCCUCUUACAAAUCUACCAAGCCCGAGUAUAAAAAGUACGAUUACUCUAAGCCCUCUGCUGUUAUCCAAGUUCCGACUACAAAGAAGCAAGAAAGAGAAGUGGUUGGAAGAUACCUAAGUCCCCAGAUUAUGAAUAAAUCCUCCAGUUAAGUUCUUAAGAAUGCCUGUUU